CUGGCCGUCGCAGCCACAGCCCUACCGGUCGUCCCACUUGCCAAAGUGGCCUACGCUGAACCCGAGGCGCCCGCACACUACGAAUUCCAAUACUCCGUCCACGACGAACACAGCGGCGACAUCAAACAACAACAUGAAGCCCGCGCUGGAGAUGCCCUUCAGGGCUCCUACUCCUUAGUACAGCCCGAUGGUGUACACCGCAUUGUAGACUACACUGCCGACGAGGAGCACGGUUUCAACGCCAUAGUUCGUUAUGAAGGACACCCCUCUGCAGCGCCCGCCAAGAUUGCUUAUGCUGCAGCCCCCGUUGCAUACGCAGCGCCAAAGUUCGCAUACGCCCCCGUCGCCAAGGUCGCCUAUGCCGCCCCCGUAGCCAAGGUCGCCUACUCCUCUCCUCUUACCCAAUUCUUCGUACUCUUCUCUCUGGCCGUCGCAGCGACAGCCCUACCGGUCGUCCCACUUGCCAAAGUGGCCUACGCUGAACCCGAGGCGCCCGCACACUACGAAUUCCAAUACUCCGUCCACGACGAACACAGCGGCGACAUCAAACAACAACAUGAAGCCCGCGCUGGAGAUGCCCUUCAGGGCUCCUACUCCUUAGUACAGCCCGAUGGUGUACACCGCAUUGUAGACUACACUGCCGACGAGGAGCACGGUUUCAACGCCAUAGUUCGUUAUGAAGGACACCCCUCUGCAGCGCCCGCCAAGAUUGCUUAUGCUGCAGCCCCCGUUGCAUACGCAGCGCCAAAGUUCGCAUACGCCCCCGUCGCCAAGGUCGCCUAUGCCGCCCCCGUAGCCAAGGUCGCCUACUCCUCUCCUCUUACCCAAUUCUUCGUUCUCAUCUCUCUGGCCGUCGCAGCCACAGCCCUACCGGUCGUCCCACUUGCCAAAGUGGCCUACGCUGAACCCGAGGCGCCCGCACACUACGAAUUCCAAUACUCCGUCCACGACGAACACAGCGGCGACAUCAAACAACAACAUGAAGCCCGCGCUGGAGAUGCCCUUCAGGGCUCCUACUCCUUAGUACAGCCCGAUGGUGUACACCGUAUUGUAGACUACACUGCCGACGAGGAGCACGGUUUCAACGCCAUAGUUCGUUAUGAAGGACACCCCUCUGCAGCGCCCGCCAAGAUCGCUUAUGCUUCAGCCCCCGUUGCAUACGCAGCGCCAAAGUUCGCAUACGCCCCCGCCGCCAAGGUCGCCUAUGCCGCCCCCGUAGCCAAGGUCGCCUACUCCUCUCCUCUUACCCAAGUUACCUUCUCCUCUCCGGCUAUCUCCUACCAUCACUAG